AUGUCGACGCUAGGGAUUACGAGGCAGCUUUCAUCGAAUUUGCCAGAGCUGCCACCAUUGUGCUCGAGAAGCUGCCAACGCACAGCGAGUAUCAUGUUCUGCUUAACGCAGACCAGCGAGCGAACUUGGGCAUGGUUAGUAUCUUAUUUCUAUCACAUCUUUAGCUGUCGUUGGUGCGCGGCAUAUGCUUCUGCCUGUUGGCUGAGAGCGAGUCUGCAGCAUGCUGAUCGAUCUCGACAUGUACAGAAUGGACAGGAUAUCUUGGACAGUCUCAGCAAGCUUAAGCCGAUUCUUGUCGAGCGAUAUGAGAAAUGGAGGGCCUACCACGAAGCAAACGGCAGCUCGUCGCAGCCAGACCCAAACGUAAUCGCCCAAGAAGAAGCGGCUCGGCGCAAGCGAGAAGAACUCCUACGCGCUCAGGAAGAGCGCACGCGACAGGCUCUCGAAGCUGCACGUAUUGAAGACGAUUGGCGACGCACGGAUGAACAGCAGAAGAGGGUGCACGAAGAGACGGAGUGGGCUAGACGGACAAAGGAAGUUCGUCCGAGGGACACUUCAGAGGCGCAGCGGGCUGCCGAGGCCAGGGAGGCCGCGCAGCAAGAACGUAUAGCGAGGCUUCGAGCAGAUGACGAAGAAGAGAGGACGCGGAGACGUAUAGAAGAACGGAGGCGACACGAGCAGGAAGGGAUCUUUCGACGUCAACAAGAAGCUGAAACUGCCGCUCGCGAGGUUCGACGGCAGGUCGCUAGCACUUCAAACGGCUCGGGACAGUCUGGCGUUGACGCAGAUGUGUACUAUCGUCGGUCGCAGGAACCGGAGACACCUACUCGCCGGGAUCGAUCGUAUGCUGCUUCUCCUUAUCCUUCGCGUCCACCAAGCUCGUCGCAGCAGCGAGCCCCCAACGAUUCGCAUGGUUCUCUGCUGUCAAGAAUGCCCGUAGAGAGCCCGGUACCAUACUCGGACGAUGCCAGUGCAGAGAGUAGGGGCACAGCAUGGAAUGAUCCCCGACAAUCUUACCAGAUGCUAGCUAAACCAAAUCAUGCAAAUGCGGGGUAA